GGUCCCGCGGUUUCUGUCCAUUUUCGAGCUCGCCCGCCCGCCCGCCCCGCGCCACUUUGGGCGAGGCUACCGCAUCUGAGCCCUGGAGUGAGCAGUGGCCCUCACGUCCCAGCUCCAAGGCUCUCCGAAUUGGCAAUGCCCCAGGCCCAGUGCGGACGGAGCUUCGAAAACCGACGGCGCCAGGCGGGACGUGCUCGGGGCCCUGGCAUAGGCGAGCGGGACAUGAAUUCCACCCCAGCUCUGACACGGACCAACAAGAGUGUCACAGCUUGGAGUGCACAGUCCAGUCACCACCCCUUUUCAUUGUACACUGGUGGCAGGUGUGAGGGGCACAGAACAUUGAGCAUUUGAAGCUUCGGCUCCAGGCUCAGCCACAGACUUUGCAUCUCUUCACAGAGCCCUCCGAGCCCCUCCCCGAGGAGCCCAAACCUGUGGAGAUGUCCUUCCACCACUGCCACAGGGACCCUCUGCCACAGCCAGGUCUCACCCCUGAGAGGCUGCAGGCGCAGAGGCAGCUGUGUGCCGCCUGUGCUGUGUGCUGCGUCUUCAUGGCCGGGGAAGUAGUCGGAGGGUAUUUGGCGCACAGCCUGGCCAUUAUGACUGACGCAGCCCACCUGUUGGCAGAUGUGGGCAGCAUGAUGGGCAGCCUCUUCUCCCUCUGGCUCUCUACCCGUCCAGCCACCCGCACCAUGACCUUUGGCUGGCACCGCUCAGAAUGGCCUUUGUGCUGCACCAGGCCGGGCCCCACCACAGCCACGGGUCCAGGGGGGCAGAGUAUGCACCGCUGGAGGAGGGGCCUGGGGAGCCCCUGCCCCUGGGGAACACCAGCGUCCGGGCGGCCUUUGUCCACGUGCUGGGGGACCUUCUGCAGAGCCUUGGGGUGCUGGCCGCCUCCAUCCUCAUCUACUUCAAGCCUCAAUACAAGGCAGCUGACCCCAUCAGCACCUUUCUCUUCUCCAUCUGUGCUCUUGGAUCCACCGCUCCCACCCUCCGAGAUGUUCUCCGCGUCCUCAUGGAAGGUACCCCCCGAAAUGUGGGGUUUGAACCUGUGCGGGAUACCCUGUUGUCAGUGCCAGGAGUUCGGGCAACCCACGAGCUGCACCUGUGGUCCCUUACGCUUACUUACCAUGUUGCCUCCGCACACCUGGCCAUUGACUCCGCGGCUGACCCUGAAGCCGUCCUGGCUGAAGCCACAUCCCGGCUCCACUCCCGGUUUGGAUUCUCCAGCUCUACCCUGCAGGUCGAGCAGUACCAGCCUGAGAUGGCCCAGUGCCUGCGCUGCCGGGAGCCCCCCCAAGCCUGAGCCACGGCCGCACCCUCACCCCACUGCCAGGCCCAGGCUCAGCCCUGGACUCUCAGCAACUGCCUCCCUGCUCACGGAGAAGGGACGGAGCUGGGUCCGUACCCUUCCUCUCUGCCCGCUUCCACCUGCCAACCCCCCACCCCCCCAGCCCCAAUGGGCAAGACCAAAGUGUGUGUGGGGAGUGGGGCCAGGGUCGGGCUGAACAGGGAGGUCAGGGCAGGCGGGCUGUGGAGAAGUUCUGCGGUCCCUGCUCCCCGUGCUCGCGGGGGCCGCCAGCCUCCUUUCCGUGCGGUUCGUUUGUCUGUGUGGCAGGCUGGCUGGCUGGCUGGGGGAAUCUGCCUGUCUUUGUGCUGUUGGUGUGCCUAAGCCUGGGGGAGGUCAGCAGGGGCCCCCUCCCCACAUGGCUCUCUCUCUGUCUAUGCAGGGGCCCCAAAGCCCGCACUUUGUCCGUGUGUUCUAGCCUGUGGUUUUGUGUCUGUGUGUGUCUUGGUGCUGUGGCCUGUGUGUCUCUGUGCCUGUGUGGCUGUGCUAUGGUCUCUAUGAGUCUGCACCAUCCAUGUGUCUGUUUGGGGACCUGUCUGGCCAUCCCUCUGUUGGUGCUGUGCCCUCGGCUCUCCCAGAGAGAGGGAGGACUCCGCCGCAGCUCUGCCAAUAAACUUGUAUCUAACUGCACUUUUCA